AUGGACGAACUGCGCAAAAAAUUAGAAAAUUUAAAGGAAAACUUUAAAAAUAUUGAUAAACAAAUUAAACAACUAAACUUAAAAAAAAAUGUAGAGGAAAUUUUAAUGAAAAAUAAAAAGGAAAAGGAGAAUUAUAACGAUAUAUUAUUCUUAAUACAGUACUCACUUAAAUAUAAAAAUGUAUGCAAGUGGCCUAAUUAUAACAACUUGUUUGUGAUAAAUUAUAAUAUAAAUGAUAACUUUAAAUCUAUUGUUCAAAAAUAUGGAACAAAUUUUCAACAGCAUAAAAGUUUUACACCUAUUCAAAAAGAAGAUAACAUCCUAAUGCAUAACAAUGAAAAAAAAGGAAGUAUAAACGCAGAUAUAAAUGAUACAACAAAAAAUGCUCCACAUAGUAGAGAAAAUAUAAUAAAUGACAACAUAAGCAAAGAUAUGUCGAAUGAUUAUAACAAAUUAAAUACUACUACGAACAACGGCAGUAAUAAUGAAACAGUAAUUACAUAUAUAUCUGAACAAAAUAAGACAAAAAAUUCAGAAAGCAUAAAUACAUACCAAAAAAAAAAAGAGAAAAAAAUUAAUACCCAAUAUAAUGAUGAUAUAAGUUCAUAUGAUAAAUUAAAAUUACAAAUUUUUAUGUAUUUUGUCUUAAACAAUUAUAGAGUUAAAAUAUUAAUCGACUCUUUAUCGGCACUGAAUCGUCCGAUCAAUAUUAUAUAUAUAAAUUGUCCAAAUAAUAAAGAGCAAAAGAAAAAAACAUUUAUUGAUAAAAUUGCCAACAUAUUUUCAACACAUCAUGAAGUUAAUGAUGUUUUUAUUAAUAAUAAAAAUAAUUUUUCAAAAGAUGGUAGAAAAAAUUGUUCUUGUUCAGAAUUACCUUCAACUAGGUACAAUAACCCUAGUUUAACACAAACAAAACAAAAAAAAAAAAAAUCAAAUUAUGCAGGUGGUUAUAACCCCAUAAGUAAUACUAUAUGGCUGUGUGCAAAUAAUAUUACCAAUUUUUAUAAGUUAAAAUAUAUAUUGACCCAUGAGCUUAUACAUGCAUUUGAUUUUGCUAGAGCAAAUAUAGACACGUAUAAUUGCUAUCAUAUUGCUUGUUCAGAAAUAAGAGCUUACAAUAUGAGCAAUCAAUGUAGCUAUUUUAACAGCAAGUACUUUUCAGCUGAUCACGAUGUUUUCAGUUAUUUAAAAAGUCCUACAAUUAGCGAUACUCCAAAAAAUAAAUGUAUAUAUAACAAUGUUCAUUCCUCAUUAUACCAAUACAAACCAUGCGCAAAUGAUACUUAUAAAUAUAUAAAUCAUGUUUUCGAAAAGUGCACACGGGACUACUGGCCCUUUAUGUGUGCACCUGAACAAGAUAGCAAAUAUAAACCAUCCAAAAUUUUUAAAAGAGAUAACUAA